AUGUAUUUUGCAGUGAUUUUGUCAACCCUGGUAUUAAGCUCUUUAGGGGCUGUACUCAAGGAUGAAAGUAGAGUCGUUGGAGGAGUAGAUACAAAAAUCGAGGAUCAUCCUUACCAAGUCUCUUUGUUGUGGAAUUUAGAUGGAAAAUCAGGACACACAUGUGGUGGUUCACUUAUUGCUCAAAAUUGGGUUUUGACAGCUGCUCAUUGUGUAGAAAAGUAUAAAUUGACUGUUAGAGUUGGCAGCAGCGAUUUGGAAUCAGGAGGCAAAAUACAUACCAUUAAAAAAAUCCAUGUUCAUCCAUAUUACGAACCUUUUGACUACGAUUUUGCCUUGCUGGAACUUGAUGAACCAGUAUUCUUGAGCAACAAAGUUCAACUUGUGAAACUUGUAGAACAAGGUGUAGAUCUGGAUGAAGGAACCUUUCUUAAUGCCACUGGAUGGGGUACAACAGCGACCGAAGAUUUGGCUCCAGUUCUUCAAUUAGUAACAGUUCCAGUAGUCAACACAUAUACUUGCAGCAAAAUUUACGACUUUGGUAUCACACAAAGAAUGUUUUGCGCUGGUUAUAUGGAUGGAACUCUUAAGGACAUCUGCUCUGGAGAUUCAGGUAGUCCUGUGGUGAAGGAUGGUAUCCAAUAUGGUGUGGUGUCUUGGGGAAAAGCUUGUGCCGAUCCAAGAUAUCCAAAUGUUUAUUCCAAAGUUAGCUACGAACGUAUAUGGAUUAAAGAAGUGUCUGGAGUUUAA